AUGUCUGAUAAGAAGAAAGUUCUAUUUGUAUGUUUGGGGAAUAGUUGCAGAUCACCUAUAGCUGAGGGAGUAUUUCAGAAAACCGUCGAAAAGAUGGGUGUUAGGGAUGAAUGGGAGAUAGAUAGUGCUGGCAUCGCUGACUGGAAUGUUGGAUGUACACCAACAACUAGAGCAACUAACACUAUGAAGAAACAUGACAUAAGAUACCAUAAUGUCGGCAGGCAGAUAAAAACUGAAGAUUUUAACCACUAUGACUAUAUAUUUGGAAUGGAUGACUCAAAUAUAAAGGAUCUUCAUGAACUUGCUCCACCUGGUAGCAAGGCGAGGAUACUCCUGUUAGGGGAUUUUGACCCAGACGGUGAAAGAAUUAUUAGAGAUCCUUAUUUUGAUGGCAAUGAUUUAGGUUUUGAAAAGUGUUACCAACAAGCUGUUAGGAGUAUAAAAGGAUUUUUGGAACAACUAGCAAAUGGUUCUGUUUAA